UACUUGUCUUUGAUAAUGAUAAUAAUUGCUCGUCUCCGUGCGUAUACUUAACAAUUGCGAGAUAAGUGUCGCUCGAAGACGCGAGUGAACGAAAAAUGUUGUCCAUAGGAUUCUACAAUAUUUCUUUAAACACUCUAGUCGUUCUAAAUUGUUAUGCAAGUGUACUAAAAUCGAAUUAAAAACUGUCAACCGAGAACGAAGAUACGACGAUAUAGAGUUCGAGCUGGAAAAAGGAGACGAGGGUGCGUUUGUUACGAGUGCAGUGCUGGUCGCUCCUGUCGAGUGCCGGCGAGAGGAGGCUCCUACCGAGGAUGACCAUACCCUACCAUAAGAAAGUCGCAAGAUCGACGAGCGACGGUAUCAUCCGUUUGCUCUUCAAGUGGCACGGCUCCCUCUACAAGCUCAUCCACCGGGAGCUGCUGCUCUUCCUCGUCCUCUUCGGCUCGAUCUCCGCCCUCUACCGGAAUGUCCUAACCGUCGAGCAGAAGCGCUCCUUCGAGGAGAUAGUCGUCUACUGCGACACCUUCAUCAAUCUCAUACCACUGAGCUUCAUGCUGGGCUUCUACGUGUCCUACGUCGCUGCUCGCUGGUGGCAGCAGUACAUGGCUAUCCCCUGGCCUGACAAGGUGAUGCACUCGGUCGCUCUGUACAUCAUCGGGAACGACGAGUACGGGCGCAUGGUACGGCGAGCCUUGAUGCGCUACCUCAACCUGUCGCUCAUUCUCGUCUUGCGAUCCAUCAGCUCGGCCGUCAAGAGGCGAUUUCCAACUCUGGAUAACGUCGUGGACUCCGGUUUUAUGACUUCGCUGGAGCUCGAGCUUUUCACUUCCGUGCCGAGCCUCGAGUUCAAUACCUACUGGAUCCCCUGCACGUGGUUCAUAAAUUUGCUGAAGGAGGCGCAGACAAACCAUCGAUUGCCCGACUCGCAAGGCCUGAAAAUCAUAAUGGAGGAAUUCAACGAAUUCCGCUCGCACUGUGGCCUGCUCUGGAGCUAUGGUAGGAUAUCGAUUCCGCUGGUCUACACGCAGGUGGUCACGCUGGCGACGUACAGCUUCUUUGCGGUCGCUCUCGUCGGGCGCCAGUACAUCGAGGGCGUCAUCAAACCCUUUCAGAUGAAAGUCGACAUCUACUUCCCCGUCUUCACGAUACUCCAGUUCUUCUUUUUCAUGGGCUUGCUCAAAGUCGCCGAGCAGCUCAUAAAUCCGUUCGGCGACGACGGCGAAGACUUCGAGCUCAACUGGAUGAUAGAUCGCCACACAAAGGUCUCGUAUCUGGGCGUCGACACGCUGAUGAAUCGCUGCCCGCCACUCGUUAAGGACAUUUAUUACGAUUCGGAGAACUUGAUUCUGCCCUGCACCGAAGCUGCGGCCGCCUACAAGCGCAAGACGUACCGCGGCAGCGUUGCCAACAUGACUGUGCACGAAGAGAAACAGACGAUAUUUCUGCCCAACAUAACCGAAGAGGAGGAAAACGUCUCGACGAGUGCAAUCCCCCGGACCUCCACGGCAAGUCUGGCAACGCACAAUAACGACUCACCCGCGACCGGCAAACGUCGAGGUAGUUCCAGCCCUCUGCCUCCUCGCGACACAAUAGUCGUUACACUGUGUUCUGGAGAGGACCACGAGCAGCAGCAGCCACCGCCGAUUGAUCUACAGCAGCAGGAAAAAUUGCAAGAACGGCCUCCGAGCGAACUUGCAGCGGUGAAAAUAUUCUCCAGCAAGAUCAAACUGACCUAUCACUUGGUAAAGGGUCAGAAGCCCUUCUUCGACUUGGUGAAAACGACCAGGGCCAAUCUGCAGCCCUGAUGGCCCACUUUUACCCAACUCAAAGCCGAACCGGUCGCCAGAUCGGACUCGACCGAGCCGGAGAUGGACAGCAAGUCGCUGCAUCCGCAAAACAGGUCUUUCAACAUUCCUAGCAUCGCUGUCAGACAGUCCCUGGUAGAAAUGUCAACGGUUUAAUGGCCUAUUUAACCAAUAACGCUAAUGAACCUCUUAGAUAACCGCUUAUUGUAAUAGAAACUUAUACACAAUUCCUAACAGUUAAGGGUAUGUGGGAGCUAAAGCUUCCAAAAUACGCCACGAGGUAUUUCGUAU